AUGCUCCUGCUCUCUGCGAGCCGCGACCGGUGGGAGCCAGUCCGGAUAAUCGUAGAAGGCGGCUGUGACCUGAGAUCCACCUCGGGUUCUCGCGCCUUGCUGCUCGCGGCGCAGCGCGGGAACUGGGAGGCCGUGCAGCUGCUGGUGGAGCGAGGUGCCGACCUCUCUUCCGACGCAGCGCUGCGGGCCUUCAGUGCGGCUGCCUCUGCGAAUCGUGUGGAGUCUGUGGCGAAGUUCUUGGAGCACGGCUUAGACCUUUCAUCCUGGGGCGGCAGGAAG